AUGGUGCUGAACCUGCUGAUUGCGCUCACGUUGGACCGCGCAGACCUUGACUUCCAGCUGCUACGUGGCUGGCGGAGGAGGAGGAGCGUGCAGCGGGAGGGUGUGCUGCAUGCGCUGAAGAAGGAGAUGCAGUACAGCACGUGCAGAGCCACGCUGCCGACCAUCAUCGAAUGA